AUGGAUUUCGGGUCCCUGGAGACGGUGGUGGCCAACUCGGCCUUCAUUGCUGCCCGGGCCAGCUUCGACGCGAGCAGCGGCCCGACCUCCCGGGACAGGAAGUACCUGGCCCGGCUCAAGCUGCCCCCGCUGUCCAAGUGCGGGGCGCUGCAGGCGAGCCUGGACCUGGGCUUCGAGAGCGUGUGCUCGGAGCAGCCCAUCGGCAAGCGGCUCUUCCAGCAGUUCCUGCAGGCCCAGGAGCAGCACGUGCCGGCCCUGGAGCUCUGGAGGGACAUCGAGGUCUACAACACCGCCGGUGACGACCUCCGGCCGCAGAAGGCCCAGGCCAUCCGGGCCGAGUACCUGGACCCCCAGGCCAAGCUCUUCUGCGGCUUCCUGGACAAGGAGAUGGUGGCGCAGGUCCGGGAGGGGCCGGCGGGGGCCGGGGACGGGCUCUUCCAGCCCCUCCUGCAGGCCACCCUGGCGCACCUGAGCCAGGCCCCCUUCCAGCAGUACCUGGACAGCCUGUACUUCCAGCGCUUCCUGCAGUGGAAGUGGCUGGAGGCCCAGCCCGUGGGCGAGGACUGGUUCCUGGACUUCAGGGUCCUGGGGCGGGGAGGCUUUGGGGAGGUGUCUGCCUGCCAGAUGAAGGCCACCGGGAAGAUGUACGCCUGCAAAAAGCUGAACAAGAAGCGGCUGAAGAAGAGGAAGGGGUACAAGGGCGCGAUGGUGGAGAAGAAGAUUCUUGCCAAAGUCCACAGCAGGUUCAUCGUGUCUCUGGCCUACGCCUUUGAAACCAAAACCGACCUCUGUCUGGUGAUGACCGUCAUGAAUGGAGGCGACAUAAGGUACCACAUCUACAACGUGGACGAGGAGAACCCCGGCUUCCCGGAGGCGCGCGCCCUCUUCUACACGGCCCAGAUCAUCAGCGGCCUAGAGCACCUGCACCAGCGAGGAAUCAUCUACCGAGACCUCAAGCCCGAGAACGUGCUCCUGGACGACGACGGCAACAUCCGAAUUUCUGACCUUGGGCUGGCCGUGGAGCUGAAGGAAGGGCAGACCAAGACCAAGGGCUAUGCGGGGACGCCAGGCUUCAUGGCCCCGGAGCUCUUGCGGGGUGAGGAGUAUGACUUUGCCGUGGAUUACUUCUCCCUGGGGGUCACGCUGUACGAGAUGAUCGCGGCCAGAGGCCCCUUCCGAGCCCGCGGAGAGAAGGUGGAGAACAAGGAACUGAAGCAGCGGGUCCUGGAGGAGGCGGUCACCUACCCCGACAAGUUCAGCCAGGCCUGUAAGGACUUCUGCGAGGCGCUGCUGCAGAAGGACCCCGAGAGGCGCCUGGGCUUCAGGGACGGCUCCUGUGAUGGGCUCCGCGCCAGCCCCCUCUUCAGAGACAUCAGCUGGCGGCAGCUGGAGGCCGGGAUGCUGACCCCCCCCUUCGUCCCAGACUCCAGGACUGUCUAUGCAAAGAACAUCCAGGAUGUGGGUGCCUUUUCCACAGUCAGAGGUGUGGCCUUUGACAAAGAGGACACAGAAUUCUUCCAGGAAUUCGCCACCGGCACCUGCCCCAUCCCCUGGCAGGAGGAGAUGAUCGAGAAGGGCAUCUUUGGGGACCUGAACGUGUGGCGGCCUGACGGGCAGAUGCCCGACGACAUGAAGGGGAUCUCCGUGCAGGAGGCGGCCCCCUCGUCCAAGUCGGGGUUGUGUCUGGUUUGCUAG